AUGAAACCUGACAGUCAUAAUGUAACUUAGCUAUCGUAUCAUAUUCGUUGUAGUUUGCGUAUCCGUUUGAUAUGUCAUUUCGAAUUGUACCGAAUUUCAUUCGAACUACAAUUAAGAAACACAAGACAUAUGGAUUUACGAUUGGAUGGGUAAUAUACACUUGAAGUUGUAGUCGGACGACUUAAAUUUAGAGACUGAGAUCAGGUUAGAGUGUUUUGGUUUUGACGCUACUGCGGCUUAUUUUAGGUUUUAAAUUUGAAAUUUGUUUUUUUGGCCUGUUUCAUUUUACUUUUUUCUAACUUAGCUCUGUUUUAAAUGUAUCCUUAGCCUAAGUUGAGCUUUAGUCUGAGCUUAAGCUUAAGUCCAGGCUAAAGUAUGAGUUUAGUCUGAGCUAGAGAUAGAACCUGAGUCAGAGCGUAAGCUUAAGCUUGAGCUUGAGUUUGACCUUGCACGUGGUCUUAAGUUUAAGCCUGAACUUAAGCCUGCCUUUGCGUCUGAGCCUAAUUCUAAGCCUAAGUUUGAGCACAAGUUUGAACUUGAUCUUCAGUCAAAGUCUAAGCUUGAGCUUGAGCUUGAGCCUGCGCUUGCGCCUGCGCCUGAGCUUGAGCCUGAGCCUGAGCUUGAGCCUAGGCCUGAGCCUCAGCCUGAGCCUGAGUUGGAGCCUGAGCCUGAGUCUGAGCCUGAGCCUGAGCCUGAGCCUGAGCCUGAGCCUGAGCCUGAGCCUGAGCCUGAGCCUGAGCCUGAGCCUAAGCCUGAGCCUGAGCCUGAGCCUGAGCCUGAGCCUGAGCCUGUGCCUGUGCCUGAGCCUGAGCCUGAGCCUGAGCUUGAGCUUGAGCCUGAGCUUGAGCUUGACUCUGAGCUUGAGCUUGAGCUUGAGCCUGAGCUUGAGCUUGAGCCUGCGCUUGCGCCUGCGCCUGAGCCUGAGCCUGAGCCUGAGCCUGAGCCUGAGCCUGAGCCUGAGCUUGAGCCUAGGCCUGAGCCUCAGCCUGAGCCUGAGUUGAAGCCUGAGCCUGAGUCUGAGCCUGAGCCUGAGCCUGAGCCUAAGCCUGAGCCUGAGCCUGAGCCUGAGCCUGAGCCUGUGCCUGUGCUUGAGCCUGAGCCUGAGCCUAAGCCUAAGCUUAAGCCUAAGCCUAAGCGUGAUCCUUAG